AAGGUUGCUAGUUACAUUCUUUGGUAACCUCUGAAUUCAAAAAUUGCACUAUUAGUCCCCAAACUAUUGCUCAACCUUUUCUGGACUUCCAAAGACUCGUUAUAGGUUUAACGCCAGUCCCCAUCAACGAUUUUUUGUGAUAUACCCGCCUAAACCCCAAACCAAAACCCAAAACUGAUGAAUGGGAAGGGCAUGUUCAAAACCUUUGUAUGCCCUUUCCCUCCACCCUCAAGCCACCCAUUCCUUCUCCACAACCGCCAUCUCCGCCGCCUCACAAGAUUUCAUAUCCCUAUGCUCCAAAGGCCAUCUCAAACAAGCCUUCACCAUCUAUUUCUCCCACAUUUGGUCGGACCCACCUCUCUUCUCCCACCUCCUCAAGGAAUGCAUCGAACGCCACUCUUUCCCGCUUGCACAACAGCUCCAUUCCCUCAUAAUAACUGCCGGGUGUUCCCGGGACCGCUUCGUUUCCAACCAUUUAAUGAGCGCUUAUUCAAAAUUGGGCCAUUUGAAAGGAUCUGUAAAAGUGUUUGAUAAAAUGCCUAACAGAAAUGUUAUGUCCUUUAACAUUUUGAUUGGUGGGUAUAUACAGAGUGGGGAGUUGGAUUGUGCGAUUGAGCUUUUUGAACAAAUGAUUGAGCGAAAUUUGGCCACUUGGAAUGCGAUUAUUACGGGGAUGGUUCAGUUUGAGUUUAAUGAGGAGGCGCUGAAUAUGUUCUCGAGAAUGCACUCUCUUGGGUUUUUGCCUGAUUACUAUGCUCUAGGGAGUGCGUUGAGAGGCUGUGCUGGAUUGAAAGAUUUGAGUAGGGGGAAUCAGAUUCAUGGGUAUUCAGUGAGAUCGGGGUUGGAGUUUGAUUUGGUUGUUGGAAGUUCGUUGGCUCAUAUGUAUAUGAAGUGUGGUAGCUUGAGAGAAGGUGAGAGAGUGAUUCAGUCUAUGCCAGUUCAUAACAUUGUUGCUUGUAAUACACUUAUUGCUGGCAAAUAUCAGAAUGGGUGUUCCGAGGGUGCUUUGAAUCAGUACAAGAUAAUGAGAAUGGCUGGCUUUAGGCCGAAUAAAAUCACUUUGGUGAGCAUUAUCAGUUCAUGUUCUGAGCUAACAACACUUGGACAAAGCCUGCAGGUUCAUGCUGAGGUGAUAAAAGCUGGGGCCACGUUGGAUGUUUCAGUUGUUAGUUCAUUAGUUAGCAUGUAUUCACGGUGUGGGUGUUUAGAUGAUGCUGUGAAAGUUUUUGACCAGAGGGAGGGAGCUGAAAAUGAUCUGGUUUUGUGGAGUUCAAUGAUUUCUGCUUAUGGGUUUCAUGGGAAAGGAAAGGAGGUUGUUGAAGUGUUUAAAAGGAUGGAGCAUGUAGGAUUGAAACCAAAUGAAGUCACUUUCUUGAGUUUGCUAUAUGCUUGUAGUCAUUGCGGAUUGAAAGAUGAAGGGCUUCAAUAUUUCGACUUGAUGGUAAAGAAGUAUGGACUGGAGCCUCGGUUAGAACAUUAUACCUGUGUGGUUGAUCUCCUUGGUAGAGCAGGCUGUUUGGCAGAGGCAGAAAGCCUGAUCAGAUCCAUGCCUGUAAAGCCUGAUACUGUUACAUGGAAAACUUUACUAUCAGCUUGUAAAAUCCAUAAGAAUGCUGACCUGUCUAGAAGAAUUGCUGAGGAAAUUGUUAAAAUGGAUCCUCAAGAUUCAGCUUCUUAUGUGCUGCUUUCAAAUAUCCAAGCUUCUGCUAAAAGAUGGCAUGAUGUUUCAGAGGUGAGGAAAGCAAUGAGGGAAAGAAUGGUCAAGAAAGAGCCGGGGAUAAGCUGGUUUGAGCUGAAGAAUGAAAUUCACCAUUUUGUUAUGGGCGAUAAAUCUCAUCCUCAGUCUAAAAAGAUCGACUUGUAUUUGACAGAACUGAUGGCCGAACUGAAGUUGCAUGGUUAUGUGCCCGAUUUAGGUGCUGUUUUGCAUGACAUGGAUGUGGAGGAAAAGGAGGAUAACUUAGGACAUCACAGUGAAAAACUGGCUAUUGCUUUUGCUCUGAUGAAUAUGCCGCUGGGUGUUCCAAUAAGGAUAAUGAAGAAUUUGCGGGUCUGCGGUGAUUGCCAUGUUGUUAUGAAGUACAUAUCCAAGGUUAAAAACAGAGAAAUUACUGUACGGGAUGCCAGUAGGUUUCACCAUUUCAAAAAUGGACAUUGUUCUUGUGGGGAUUACUGGUGAGGUGAGUUUCUCUCUUUUAAAGUAGAUGGUACUAAUUAUAUACACCAUACUUAUAAGCUGUAGUGAUAUUCAUCACAAGAGGGGAUAACAAUUCGACUGGUGCCAUGCUUAAAAUUUAACAUAUCCAAGGUUAAAAACAGAGAAAUUAUUGUAUGGGAUGCUAGUAGGUUUCACCAUUUCAAAAAUGGACAUUGUUCUUGUGGGGAUUACUGGUGAGCAAUUGAAAGAAGACCAAAGCUAGGACCUAUGCUAUGCUGCAUAAUAUCAACAACAGGAUUUGCUGCAUGGACUAUUUUGAAUGUAAUGCCGCUUAAUGCCAAUCGUCAUUUUGUCGAGCUUGUUGAAAUGAUAUGACUAGAUAUUUGCAUAUCUUGAUAUCCUCCAGGCAAUCUAGUUGCCCAAUCACUAUUUUGAAUCUGUUCAGGCAACUCGUCCUGAAUCUAGUCUGUUUUGAACUCCAUUGUCCUGUUGGUCUGCUUGCAAUCAACACCAUCUAAUUGAAUUAAUGUUACUUGUUUAAAUUUAUUGGAUAAUGGGCCGCAUUGCCAAAUAUUGAGAAUGUAUAGCAAUGUAAACCGGCCUGCCUUGGAACUGCUCGGCGUUGCAGUCUUUUUUCAGAUUCCUGAGCCGAUCUUUUGGCCUGGUUACUGCCCACAGGGGACAAGGCCUUCUUCUCCGGUCACAGCCUCUCCAGCUCUUUCUUAAAUGAAGGCUUGGAACCCUAUACCUAUACAAGGGGCUGGUCUUGAUCCUGUUUGGUGGUGCGACCGCAAAACCUUCAAUUUCACCUCUUGAAUGUUAUAUUAAAGGUCCAGAGAGGCACGAAGUCCAACGUCAGGUAUUGCAAAGAAAUUGGCGAUUGCAUAGGCUAAUCUGGCAUAUGUCGGGAGGAGCUGAAGCAUCAGGUUUGAAGGAAAAACGGCUGGCUUUGCUUGGAGUCGAUGACAUUAACAUUUUUAAAGGUGUCAAUUUUAGCCAUGGCGUACAUGCUCAAGAAAGUAUCCAAAUUGGCAGGGACUGCUGAUAAUAUGACAGAAUCUUAUAAUUAUUGAUCUAAACAAACCAAUUCAGUAAGACACUACUUUAAUAUUUUGAAUUUUUCUAUAAGAAAUUGGAUUUAAUAAUAUCUUUUGUAAGUGUAAACGAAUAAUCAUUUUCUACUUAGAAGCAGUUGAGGGAAAACUCAUUCUUUCAA